UAUCUGCUCUACUGUAACAACCCUGGGGGGGGGGUUAUAAGAGCGGAUAUCAACUGUGCCGCUUAGAGCGCGCGCUGGACUUUCGGCCAAGAAAGGUCGAGGGUUCGAGUCCUUGCUUCCCUGCCUGUUUCAUUACACUGGUGUCAGAAGUGGGAUCGGACCCUUUGCAGCCACCACAGUGCGCGUGCUUGGCCGGUGGGAGUGUGUGCGCGCGCGCGCGAUCCUGUUAAAAAAACGUAGGGUUCGCAAGCUAGCGCGAGGACGCGCUCUUUGAAAAGGAGGGAUGAGUGUAACGACCCCCCUGGGGUUUAAUUAAUAAGGGCUAGAAGGUCGAGGGUUCGAGACCUGCUUCACUACAAUUACGAACGGAUGUCUAAGCCCCAGAAUGGAGAGCCAGCAGCAGAUGAUCCAGAGGUGAUGUUCCAGAUGCCUGGUCCAACCGUCUCCUUCUCCAGACUACACUACUCUGUCAUGGAGAGCAAUGGACUCUGCCACAAGACAGGACCUGAGAAGCACAUCCUCAAAGACAUCAGCGGCAUCAUGAGACCAGGGAUGAACGCCAUCAUGGGGCCAACAGGAAGUGGAAAAACAUCUCUCCUGGAUGUGAUAGCAGGUCGUAAGGACCCAGCAGGGUUGAAGUUUGGUCAGGUUCUGAUCGAUGGGAAGAUGGUGGACUCUGACCUCCGACUCAUAUCUGCCUACGUGGUGCAGGAUGAUAUAUUGAUGGGAACUCUGUCAGUGAGAGAGAACUUGUUGUUCAGUGUGAACCUGAGACUAGACCCUCAACAUUAUUCUACAGCUGACAAACAGCAGAGAGUGGACAGCAUCAUAGAGGACCUGGGUCUACAGGACUGUGCCCACACCAAGAUAGGAACAGAGUUCCUGCGUGGUGUGUCUGGGGGAGAGAGGAAGAGGUGCAGCAUCGGUAUGGAGCUCAUUACUUCUCCUCGUCUUCUGUUCCUGGAUGAACCCACAACUGGUCUGGACUCUAACACUGCUAACCACAUCAUCAACUUACUGCAUAGGCUGUCUAGAAGCGGUAAGACUAUCGUGUUCUCCAUCCAUCAGCCUCGUUACUCAAUCUUCAGCCGCUUUGACCACCUGACCCUGAUGCACCGAGGAGAGUUGGUGUACGCUGGAGCUGCUGGGAAGGCCCUGAGCUACUUUACUGACUUGGGGUAUCACUGUGAGCCGUUCAACAACCCCUCUGACUUCUUCUUGGACGUCACUAACGGAGAGGCUCAGUCUACACUAGACAUCACUUCAUUUAACUAUGAUGAUAAGGAGAACUGUGACAACAGCAACCUUCUGGCUGUGAGCUACAGACAGUCAACUCAGUACCAGAGGGUGGUGGAGGAGCUGGACCAUUUGACCCAGGGUCUGGAGGGAGGGGUCGGAGGUCAGGGACAGAAGGCCGACUACGUCACCUCCUUCUGGUACCAGAUGAGGAUAGUGGGUGGUCGUAUGAUGGUGAACUCUCUCAGGAACCCCCAGACAUCGUACGCUCAGCUGGCCCUCAACAUCUUCUUCGCUCUGCUGGUCGGCCUAAUCUACUACCAGAUCCCCCUGACUCUACCUGAAGCCCUACAGAACAGGAUGGGAGCAUUCUUUUUCCUCAUCAUCAACAUGGUGUUUGGGAAUCUUUCAGCUGUGGAACUCUUCAUCAAUGAGAGAGCUCUGUUCAUCCAUGAGAACUCUAGUGGGUACUACCGCACGUCCGUCUACUUCCUGUCCAAGAUAUUCGCUGACCUCAUCCCCAACCGCAUUGUCCCUAUCCUCAUCUUCUCAGCCAUCGCCUACUAUAUGAUGGGUCUGAAGCCAGCCUUCACAGCGUUCCUGCUCUUCACACUGACGAUGUCCCUGGUCAGUCUCGCUGCGGCCAGUCUAGCGUUCCUGGUCUCAGCCUCUGUCUCCUCCUUCGCUAUGGGCCAACGUCCCCAUCGCCCUGCCUUUCGUCUUCAUGAUG